GGCGACCCCGCGGAUUUUUCCUGGUCCAAAUUGAAGGAGUGAUUUCUUAGUGAACCUGCCCGCCCAGUAGGAGUGUGCGGCAUCCGGUGGCGGUGAGCUUCAAGUGGGCGUCGAGUGACCAACCAUGGCUAGUUCCGCCCCUCGCGCCGCCUCCAGUCUACCCGGAGAGGAGGGUGCUCAGGCUUCAUUGACGGCUCAAUGGGAGGCUCUGGGCUGGCCCACGGGUUUGUUGACGCCGCAAAAUCGGGAUUUCUGGCUGUACGCCUUCAAAAAGCAGCGAGAAAUGCAGGACAAACUUGAAGCCCUCUUUCAGCCGAGCCAGGAAUGGUUGGAGGACGUCUUGGAAACGGCCACUGGUCUCUUCUACCCGGCCAAGACCACGAAUCGCGGCAAAUCCAAGAAGGCGUCAGUGGUCUCCACCAAACGUCGCAGUUCAUCCCUCAUGGUUGGUAACUUACCCAAACGAGGUCGUAUAAGCUCAAUCAAGUCCUCGGUACCAGAAGAAGAGGCUCUCGAAGAAGAGGUGGAAGAAGCCACGGAACCCGACAAUGACAACGACAAGGAGAAUGAGGACAACGGAAACGAAUGGGAAAACCUAGACGAGACGAAUCCCGUUCUGUUACCUCGAACCCCCGCCCGAAAACAGGACAAAAACAAGAAGAAACUCGAACCGGAGGCCGAGAUCCCCAAGGCAGUGAUCGAAGAAGAGGCGGAACCCGCCCCUCAGAAACCGCCUCGAGCCUCGAUUCGUCAAAGUAAACGGAUCAGCCGAGCAGUGUCUCAGAAGGAAGAACCGAUGUUGAGGCCUCGAGCCAGUCGACUGAUUUCCAAGAGCGAGCAGAUAUCCAGUCCCAGUCAAAAUGAGGCCAUAGUGUCGCCCAAAGUGCGGAGAAGUGUACGGAAUGGCCGCACUGCGGCUGCAGCGGCCAAGUCGAAUAUUGCCAAAAAUAUGGAAGAGCUAUCGAAUCUGGGCAAGAAGAAACGUCGUCCCACAGAAAAAAGCCAUCGCAGCACUGUCCUCGACAAAGAGAUUGAAGCUCGGAAGGAGCAGCUUGAAAUACAGAGACAACUAGAGGCAAAAUUGCGGAAAGAAGAGGAAGAGGAGGAACAACGCCAACGACAAGAAGCCGAACAGCACCAAAAGGAAUUGGAAAAGAGACAGAAAGAGGAAGAAGAGAGGAAGCGUCGAGAAGAGGAAGAAAAAGCGAGGAAGCAAAAGGAAGCGGAGGAAAAGCGAAGACAAGAGCUUUUAGCCGAAGAGGCGAGACAAAAAUUGGCCGAACAAAAGAGGAUCGAAGCGGAAGAGAAGCGACAGAAAGAGAAAGAAGAAAAGGAAUUGGCUGAAAGAAGGAGGAAAGAGCAGGAAGAAGAAGAGAGACUGCGCAAAGAAAAGGAGGAAAAAGAAGCCGAGGAACGACUCCGGAAAGAAAAGGUGGAAAAAGAAGCCGAGGAAAGACUCCGGAAGGAAGAGGAGGAGCAAGCUAAGCUAAAAGAAGUUGAAGAGGAGCCUCAAGAAGAUCCAGAGCCUGAGCCAGAGCCUGAGCCUAUGGUUGUGGAUGAUGACUAUGAAACGGCAGAAGACACCACAGAAGAGGCAGAGGACAAAGAGGAAGAAGAAGAAGUGGAGGAGCACGAUAGCACUAGUACAACAAAGCCUCUACCUAAGCCUGUGAUCAGUGAGAAGCAGCCCGUUAGAAUUAAACGCGUGCCCAAGCCCAAAGAGCUUACUUCCAUGUCCAGAUCGCAGGAAAAGGCCAACCUCCGCAAGAUGCCCUUUAGCACCAGUCAUCUCCACACAUAUUCCUCGGAAAAGAAACGCCUUCCUUCCACUUUAAGCGGCUCGCAUAUUCUGUCCUCGGAAAGGGCCUUGAAGACCCGAGCUCCGUUGUCGAAAUUUCUGGGCUCCGCUGAAAAGGUCAAGGUGAACGGCCUCAUUUCCAGUGCUUUCAGUUUCUUACCUUCAGCGGUCAAGGACAAGAAGCCGACGGCUGAGGAAAUCCGCAAGCGGAAGGAGGAAAAGAUCAAGGAGAAGGAAUUGAUGAAAGAGGAACAGCUCCGCGAAAAGGAGGAACUCCGGAAGCGGCAGAUCGAGGAGAAGAAGGCUGAGCGCGUGGAAAAGAUGCGCAGGGCCGAGGAGUCUCGCAAACAGCAAGAAGAGGCCUUGAAGAAGAAGGCCACGGAGAAAGUGGUCAAGGCUGAACAAGCACGUCUGGACAAACUAGCAGAAAUUCAAAAAUUCAAAGAGAACCAAGCCAAACGCCUGGACCAAGAGCAAAAACGUCGAGAGGCCUUGGAGGAGAGGCGAAAAUGUCUGGAGGAAGAGGAGAAGCAACGCAGACUUCAACUGGCUGAAGAGAAGAAAGAAGAGGAAGCUCGAUUGAGGAAGGCCGAAUCCCAUCACAAACCUGUUCAGCAGCAUCAUGAAUUGAACACCACUUAUGAAGCAAACAAAUCCUCGGACAGUGGAAGUCUGAAUUCGACCUUCACCAAGGGUCCGACCUCCUCUGCCCCUGUAACACAACCACAACAACCUCCGACCUCCUCCUCCUCCUCUUCAACGGUGCCUACAAGCAACCCAAGCAAGCCUGCAGAGUCGUCGUCGAAUCCGGAUUCUUAUGACAUGACUCCGGCCCGUCAUGAGCUUCCACCCGAGCCUCUGGAGAAUCCCAACAAUUAUGACAUUAAUGAUCUCAGAUCAGAUGAUGAUACUGACGAUGAGGACCAACCUCGGAAAAUUCUCCCGUCUUGGGCGUCGGGACACGCCUUCAGAACAGCUUUGUUGACACAAUGUUACAAUCCACCUGAUGUGGACCAUAUCUUUGAUAUGAUCGAUCUGCCCGAUCUGAGCACCAUCUUCAAGGAGCAGCGCAAGCGCUUUUUCAAGCGCACAUCCAGUGCUCAAUGGGGGAAGAUGCCCACAUCCUACAAAUUUGCCUCCUGAAUACCUCCCGCAGAUAUUCAAGAUGACACUAACCCUCAACCCCUAAACACACCCCUUGAAGUAAACCGUCUGUGAAUAGUUCCUUCUAUUUUGCCAAACUUGUGCUUGGUCCAUAAUACAAAUAAAUAAUCGUACUCAUCACUGAAUGAACAACUCAA